AUGUCGACCAAGGAAGAGGUCCCAUACUACGACAACACCAACCUACUACAGAAAAAUGAAAACUUCUUUAACUAUUACAUCCAUCAAAAAAUAAUUAGCGAAAAUGAGGUGGAUAAUUUUAUGACAGUUAUAAACACAGAAUUACCAAUCACAUUUCGCGUUCUGAACAACAACAAGUACAGCAAAUUUAUUCACGAAAAUAUAAACCAGAAAUUGGAACAUCUUUGCAAGAACAACUAUGCAAUUACGAAGUUGAAUGAAGAGGACCAAAUAUAUGAGAUAUACCUGACGAGGGCCCAAAUUAAGAAAGAUGAAAAUUAUAAAAAUUUGUACAACUAUUUAAUAAACUUAAAUGAGAGCGGAUACAUAUUUAGACAAGAGCUGGUGAGCAUGCUGCCAGUGUUGUUUCUGAAGUUGAAAGAGAAUUUUUUUGUUCUAGACAUGUGUGCAGCUCCUGGCUCUAAGACGGCUCAGAUUGUGGAUUACAUGCAUCUCAUUAGCAAAAGGAAUGUGAAACAUUAUUUGAUUCGGCAAUUUAUUCAGAGGAAUUCAUCCCCCGCGUGCGGAUCCCUUGGGGGUGUGCACAGGUCCGAAGGGGAAGAGAACGCCAAUUUAAUGGAAGACGAUAGAAGCGUCAGUGGGGAUGAUAACAUCGAAUGUGGGAAGGAUAGUAGUGAAAGUGGCGUCCGCCUGAACAGCAGUCAUGAAAAUCACCCAUCUGCGGAGAAAAACCAGCUGUACAAAAGCCUGCACGACGCGCUAGACGGCAAUGAAUACGACGAUGAACUGUUUAAGUAUAUCCUCAACGCAGAUAACCAUUUGUACGGGCACUACAAGAAAUUGAUUUCUAACAGCAACCCUACCGGAGUCGUCAUCGCGAAUGACGCGAACUUUAAGAGGUGUUGCAUGUUGUUCCAUCGGCUAAAAAAUAUACACAGCAAUUGUCUAGUGGUAACAAACAACAACGCGAUUAACUUUCCUUAUAUUUACGUUAAGGAUGAUGAGGGAAAUACAAAUGAGAAGAGGUACUUCGAUUCUGUUUUGUGUGACGUCCCGUGCAGUGGCGAUGGGACUCUACGAAAAGACAGAAAUAUCUGGUUAAAUUGGAACCCAUUUAAUGCCUACAAUUUAUUUCAAAUGCAAGUCAGCAUUUUAAAAAGGUCUAUCGAAUUGGCCAAGGAAGGUGGGAACAUUGUGUACAGCACAUGUUCCCUAAACCCGAUUGAAAAUGAGGCCGUCAUUUGUGAAGUUUUCAAUUCUGUAGAAAAUAGGGACUGCCUCAAAUUAAUCAAUUUUGGGAACGAACUUAUAGACAAAUUAAAUUUUAAAGAAGGGCUAACUGAAUGGAAAGUGAUGAUGGACGAUCAGUGGUUUGAUACAUAUGAACAGUAUUGUAAUUAUUUACAAAAUAAGGAACAUGGGAAAUAUAAAAAAAUUUAUGACAAAAUACAAAAUGGGAUGUUUACUCCGGAACAGGAAUUUAUCAAUGAGAUUAACUUGAAAUACGUGAAGCGAUUUUUUCCUCAUCAUUACAACGCGGGGGGUUUCUUCAUAGCAGUUAUUAAAAAGUGCGGAAAGCUCCAGUGGAAGGAAGAAAAAAAAAAAAAAAAAAAAAUUUACACGAAAUUGAAGAAGGCUGAUAAGGACGAGUACAGGAAAAAGUACAAAUAUAGAAGACAUAAAAAGGGAAGCAAAAAAAAGGACAAGGAAAAAAAUGGUGACAUUAUUCCCUCCCAUGAGGUAAAUCAAAAAUGUACUGAACAAAAUGGAAGUGCCGAAUCGAUGGAUGGUGUUGUUUACAUUUCUGAUUAUGUUCACAAACAGGUCAGGCAAAAUAGUCAUGGGAAAAUAUCCUCCUUAGACAGUAACCUACGCAUGAUGAGCAACAAUGCACAGAGGGUGGACCAAAACGAUGUGGAAGAUAAUUACAACGUAAUCGACAUGGAUGAUAUGAUGACCAGCUACAACGUUGUCACGAGCAACGAAGUUACUAAGAAGUUCAACCUGAUUGACAAUGACGACCUGAGUAAUAAUUAUAACAUGAUAGACAGUGACGAUAUGGUGAGGAGUUUCCAGCCCAGUGGAAAACACAAGGAGGAUGUAAUAAGUCUCAUUAAUAAGAAGAGUGAGGAGGCGCUGCACAGUUACAUGGGUGGCGAGGUCGGCCGCACAUGGGAGUACAAAAUGGGGAGCGAAGGGGAAGAACAACAUGGGGUGGAAAAUGAUUCGAACAAUGAUUCGCAAAGCGAGGCGGAAGUGGGAGCAAGCCAGCCGAAGGAGCGAAAAAUGACAAAGCAACAAGAGUACGUGAGCCUGGAGUACUACGAAAAGCUGCGUCCAACGCACGACCUUUUAAACAGAAUAAAAAAUUAUUUCAACUUAAAUGACAACUUUAUGUCCAUUAAAAAUAAUUUAUAUAUUCAUCUCAAGGAUGACUCGAACUUUGCAAAAUUAUCGAUCGACGACAGAAUCAAUGUGAACAUCAAAAAGAUAAAUUUGGUCAGCAAACACACGAAGGAUAUCCUAGAGUGCUACACAAAAAUAAAACUAAAGAUUAUCAGCGCGGGGAUAACCGUUAUCCAGAUAGAUAAGAAUAAAAAGAACGGAGUGGAAAACUACUACCGGAUAAACUACAGCGGGUGUCUGAAUUUCUUGCCCUUCUUUAAAGACGUUGAUACAUUUUUGCUGGAGAAGACAUGUAGGGAGGAGAUUAUCAAAAGUUAUUAUGCUCCUGUUUAUGAGAAUGAGCAGAGGGUGUUUGACUUUGAAAGCUACAUGGAUCAGCUGAUCGGCGAGCGGAAGAGCACCCAGUCUAAAAGUGCGGCCAAGGCGAAGGCGGCAGGAGAAGCGGACGAUAAGGUCAGUGUGAAGAAGGAAGAUAAGGCGGAUAAUGAAAACGAACACAAAGUGGAGGAGGAUGGAGGACAAGCUGAAGUGAAGAAGGAAGGCGACGCAAAAGAGGACCAAAACAAUGCCAGCGUACAGAACAAAGACGAGCCCAUCGUGGACCAUCAACAAGUGCAGAGUGAAGUAAACACCAUUUGGGUGAAGAGUGAUGCCAUCCUGGAUCUCAUAAAAGUCGAUAAGUCCAAAAUAAAUAACAUCACGAAAGAGACCAUUAGGCAGACGGCAAAGCUGACGAAACAUUCCCCCAACAUUCUGUUAACCCUCAAUAGGAAUAAGCAAAUUUUGGCCAUCCCUGCAAAUAAAGGAAACUUGUUUGUGGACAUUAGCAUUGAUAAGAACUCCAUCAUCAUGCUGCCUUACAUCUUAAACUAG